AUGACUAGUGCUGAACUUGUAACUCUCCCAGAACAGGUAGUCAAAGAAUCGAUUCCAGCCUGUAAGUCAGCUACCUCUGGUAACAAAUCAUCUGCUGGGACAUUGCCAGUAAAAUCGUUUAUGGUGGACAAACAGGCUCUGGCUUCUGAGAACACAGAGACAGAGUGUCAAAAAAUUCCUUAUAAUCAGAAAGUGGAGCAAGAUUUGAGACGGGAGCUAUCCUCCACUAAAGUUAGUGAUGGUAAGAUUAAUAAAGCGUUUGAUAUUCAGAUUCCUGAACUCUCUUUAGAAGCAAUUCUUAUGGGAUCUAGUGAAGUUACAGCACAGAAUAUAGUUGAUCUAUUUAGAGUAGCAAUGAAGCUUAGACGUUGUGAAGAUUCCGUUCCAAAUUGGAACGGACACGUAAUGUUAAAAAUUAAUAAGGCGGAUGCAUUGGAGCAAGCGAAUCCUUUUGAAGGUUAA